AUGGAGGAUGAUGAGAAUAAUAUAUUCUCCGAUUCCCAAAACUUCAACCCUUCCCAAAAUGUUAACCCUUCACAAGAUUAUUUCCCUAGCUUUGAUGAUUUUCCGAAUUCUGAGCAGUUUCAAAGUUCAUUUCAAAAUCAACAUUCAAGCCAAGCCAUAUCACAAACCAAGAGUGCUGUAAACACCCCACAUGGUUGGAGUGAGCAAGAAGACAUGGCAUUAAUGUCUGCUUGGUGUUUCGUGAGCACGAAUGCAGUUGUUGGCACCAACCAAACUAGUAACCAUCUAUGGCAAAAUGUUCUUAAUCUAUAUGAGCAGACAAGAAAAGAAAAUCCAAAAAUUGCGCAUGAUCGAGCUACGAGUGGCCUGUCUAAAGAGGACAUUGAGAAAGCCGCUCAACAACUGUAUGAUAAGAGCAAAUUUACUCACCAUAAGGUGUUUGAGGAGGUGAUGAGACUCAAUCCCAAGUGGGAAUUGAAAUUGAAUAGCACUGGUUCAACGCGUUUCCAGCCAGAUGAAGAUAGUCUUGAAGAAAGUCGUGGGAGCUCAAAAAGGUCGAGGACUAGUGAGGAAGGAGGACCUCAAAUCGACUCCACUCCUGAGAGUCGUUCUUCAACAUUGCAACGUCCUAUUGGAAGAGAUCAAGCUAAGGCUAAGGCUAAAAGAAAAGGCAAAGAAGUUGCAACACCAUCAUAUACAAUUCCUAAUGAUUUCACUGCAGCACUGCCUGAAAUGAGAGUCACACGUGAAAGGGAAUGUGAUAUUCAGGAACGGAAGAUCAAAGCAGCUAGUGAUAUUCAGGAACGGAACAUCAAGGCAGCUAGCCUUACUCCGCUGAUGGCUAAGAGAGACUUAACUCCAGAAGAAGAAGAUCUGAAACGCAAUCUCAUUGCAGAAUUGUUUGUGAAGUGA